CGCGGCCAGGACAGCCGCCAGCCGGCCUCGGCCUCCCACGGGCGCCGGCUUCGCCGGCUUCCCCGCGCCGGCGAGGCCGGCGUCGGCGGGGUGUCCCCUGCGCCCCGCAGGCGCCGCGCCGCCCUGGGCGCGCUCGGCGGCCGAGCCCGGCGGGGCCGCCGCGGCGCCGCGCCAGCAGGUCCUCCAGAUUGAGUCUCUGGGCGGGUAUUGGCGCAGCGCCAGCCCCCCGGACUCCGUGCUCGUGGAGAGCGGCAGGGUCAAGUGGGCGAGCCGCCCCAGUCUGCAGCCUUGGACCCUGAAGGCCUUCAGCCACGAGAGGGUCGUCCUCACGGGUGCUUCGGACGAGAAGUGCAGGGGGACGUUGAGAGGUGGCAGCCUCGUGUGGGAUGACGGCGACGUCUGGGUACGCCACGAGCAGGCUGGAAGAACCAUGACACCCGAAUGCGCCCCUCCAAUUCAGGCCGCGGAUCGGGCCUUCAACGCCCAGGAAGUCGACAGCACCGCGCCGGCCAAGGAACGCCGUCUUUUCCCACUGCGUGCCACUGACGACUGCAGCAGGCUGCUCGUUGAGAAGGGCCGCGCCACGUCGGGGCAGACGCCGGUUCUAGAGGACCUCGUGGGCCGACUCGUCAACAAGCACGGCAAGUCGGGGCGGCCUCGCGACAUCGUCUCCCAGUUGAGGAAUUUGCCGACACUGGAGGAGCAGCUAGACAAGGGCAGGUUCAAGGCGCCGCUGUACAGUCUGGGCGUGAUGACGGACACGCCGCUGAAUCUGAACGAACUCUUUGCGGAGCUGUCUCGCGGUAAUCCUCCCACGUGCAGCAUGUCGAUGUUGAUAGAGGCGCUACACGCGCGGUGGCCGACAGUGGACCCCCUGCCCAGCGCCACCGCCGGCCGCGGCAGGGAGCAUAGCAGUGACUGCAGCUCUUCCAGAGACGCGUCGGUGUCUUCUGCGAGUAGCGCAGGCCGCAGGCGUCGCCGGCUGGGGCAGCAAGCCGGCCCGGCGCUCCAGGAGAAGGCGGAGGCCAGGCUAGCCGAGAACGUCAAGGAUGAUGCCUACAGCGAUGACGACUUCGAGACCGAGGAGGCGGAACCAGCCCAGCAUCUCGAGGAGCCUUCAGUGAUUCUGCCGGCCGCAAAGCCAGCCAGCCAGGCGGCCUUGCGCUGUCCGUCGACGCGGGAUGACGGCUCCGAUGAGCACGAGGCGGACGAGGACGGGUACGCGGACGGCGACUUCGAGGACGACGAGGCCAGUCGUGUAGAGAAGGACGAGUCUGACGACGACGUGCUGGGAGAGUCCGAAGACGUGUUGGACGAGUCUGAGCAUCAGGACCUGCUGGACCAGUCUGAGCACCAGGAUGACGACGACGUGCUGGAUGAGUCUGAGCACCAGGACGUGCCGGACCAGUCUGGCGACGAGGGCGCGCAUCGUCCUGCGCGGGCUGCGCUCGCCGCCGUGCCAGAUGAGGUGGGCAGCGAGGGGUCCGAGAGAGACCAGGAGAGGAGCGAUAUCGAGUCCGUUGCCUCGGGUUGAUCCGUCCGCGGAGGCAUCGCGCGGCACCCGACGGGGAGGCAUUGAUUUCUUUCCUCGUGGCAUGAAUGUCUCACCUUGUUGCUAGACUUGUCACUUACACUGCGGCAUGGAGGUCUCACCUUCAGCAUGAACUUCACACCCUGACCGCGUGCUGCAGCAGCACUGCCGUAGCUCUCGUGAUUGUUCGCAGCCUUGCACGAGGUGGGCAGAAAAAGUGGUCGGCGAUAGAGAAACGAUGCGCACUUCAGCAGGG